AUGGAUAGAGGAAAACGAAGAUCCGGAGAAUUAGAUUCAGAAGAAGAAGAAGAGUUUAAGGUUGAAGAUCUCAAUGAAGAAACAUCAAAUUCCAACAAAUUAUCUGCGUCUAAUUGGAAGAAUCGGUUGAAGCUGCUGCGGAAUUACUCUACUCUUGACAACAGUAGUACUGUUAGUGUUAGAAAUAACGGAGAGAGUAGUAGUAGUAGAAGCAGGGGACGCAGAGAUCACCGAUUUAUUAUUCGCCCUGAUAAUUGGUGGUACAUACUGUGGACGCAAUUCAUUCUGAUAUGGGCGGUGUACUCCUCCUUCUUCACUCCCCUGGAGUUUGGCUUCUUCAGAGGACUCCCGGAAAAUCUGUUCCUUCUCGAUAUCGCCGGCCAAAUUGCUUUCCUCAUCGACAUAGUCGUUCUCUUCUUCGUUGUCUAUCGAGACUCUCAAUCUCACUGCAUGAUCUACGAUCGUAAACUCAUCGCCAUUCGGUACUUGAAAUCUCGUUUCCUCCUGGACUUGCUAGGUUGCUUUCCCUGGGAUGCUAUAUACAAGGCUAGUGGCAGAAAGGAGCCAGUUAGGUAUAUCUUAUGGAUUAGGCUGAGCCGAGCCCUUAGGGUGACAGAACUUUUUGAGAGGUUGGAGAAAGACAUCCGCCUGAACUAUCUGUUUACAAGGAUUGUAAAGUUAUUUGUUGUCGAAUUAUACUGCACUCACACAGCUGCCUGCUUCUUUUACUAUCUGGCUACUACAUUGCCUCCGUGGGAAGAAGGUUAUACAUGGAUAGGAAGUUUGAAGAUGGGUGACUAUAACUAUACAGAUUUCCGAGAUAUUGAUUUAUGGACUCGGUAUAUCACAUCAUUGUACUUUGCCGUUGUUACAAUGGCAACUGUUGGUUAUGGAGAAAUUCAUGCAGUCAAUGUAAGGGAAAUGAUAUUUGUGAUGAUCUAUGUCUCUGUUGACAUGAUUCUCGGUGCCUACCUGCUCGGUAACAUGGCAGCAUUGAUCGUAAAAGGAUCCAAAACUGAAAGGUUUAGGGAUAAAAUGGCAGAUCUUAUAAAAUAUAUGAACAGAAACAAGCUGGGGAAGAGCUUAAGCAAAGAGAUCAAAGAUCAUGUCAGAUUACAGUAUGAGAGCCGUUAUAAUGAGUCUUCUGUUCUACAGGAUAUUCCAGCUUCAAUUCGAGCUAAGAUUGCGCGGAAGUUAUAUGAGCCCUACAUCAGGGGAGUCCCACUUUUCAGAGGUUGCUCGGAUGAAUUUAUCAAACAGAUUGCUAUCAAAGUACAUGAAGAAUUUUUCCUUCCAGGGGAAGUUAUUUUGGAACAGGGUAGCAUGGCGGAUCAACUGUAUUUUGUCUGUCACGGUAAAGUGGAAGAACUAACAAAAUCAGAAGAAAAUGAAACUGAAGAAUCUCUCCUGGAUCUUCAUACUUACAACUCUGUUGGUGAAAUUUCAGUUCUUUGUAACAUUCCAGUCCCUUAUACAGUUCAAGUUUCUGAACUAUCUAGACUACUACGAAUUGAUAAACAAUCACUAGUGGAGAUUCUGGGAAUAUACUUCUCCGAUGGGCGUGUGAUCAUCAAUAACCUCCUUGAGGGAAGAGAGUCAAGCCUUCGGAGUAAGAUACUGGAGUCAGGCAUAACACUAAAUAUUGCAAAACAUGAAUCUGAGCUGGCCGUGAGGUUGAACUGUGCUGCUCAUGAUGGAGACUUGUAUCGACUGAGUCGUUUAAUUGGUGCAGGAGCAGAGCCUAACCGAACUGAUUAUGAUGGAAGAUCACCUCUGCAUCUAGCUGCAUCCAGGGGCCAUGGAGAUAUUACAGCUUUCCUUAUCCAAAGAGGAGUGGAGAUCAAUGGCAGAGAUAACUUUGGCUACACUCCAUUGCUUGAAGCAGUCAAGAAUAGUCAUGAUCAUGUGGCUUCUUUGCUGGUGGAAGCUGGGGCACUUUUAGGUAUAGAUAAUGAUGGGACUUGCCUUUGUGAGGCAGUUGCAAGAAGAGAUGUAGAGUAUUUGAGAAGACUUUUGGCCAACGGCAUCAAUCCUAACUCCAAAAAUUAUGAUUUUCGAACACCACUUCACCUUGCUGCAUCAGAAGGAUUGUAUCCAAUUUCAGUAUUACUAUUAGAAGCUGGGGCUAGUGUCUUUGCGGUGGACAGGUGGGGAAAAAGUCCACUUGAUGAAGCUCGAGUAGGUGGAAACAAGAAUCUUAUUAAGUUACUGGAAGAUGCAAAGGGUAGUCAAUUAUCAGAAUUUUCUCCAAGUUUUGGUAGAAGUCAAGAUGAAGGACAGGGAGUUAAAUGCAGAGUGUUUGCUUCAGAACCUAAGGAACUCAAAGACGAGAGAAGAAAAGGAGUCGUUCUAUGGGUACCUCAAAGCCUUGAUGAGCUCAUUAACACCGCGAAGGAGCAAUUAAGAGUUUCAUCAGCAAAUUGUGUAGUGUCAGAAGAUGGAGCCAAAAUCCUGGACACAAACAUGAUCUCUGAUGGCCAAAAGCUGUUUUUAGUAAGCGAAUACACGUGAAGUUUUUUAAAAAACAGCACUAUUCAACAUAUUGUAAUAUAGUUGUAAUAUGUAACAGCUGAGUAAUUUAUGCAGUAUAAGAACCUAAUGUUGGAGCUUUCUGGAAACUCCAGACUAUGAACUCUUAUCACUGUGAUUAAAAUCAGCAUGAAAAGCAGUUGGUGCUGAGGAGAGCACAUGGUUAUCAUCUCA